AUGUGGUUUGCUGCUUCCUUUUCCCAGCCGUUGCAACUGUCAUUACGUACAUUGCAUAUGUACGUAUUUCUUUCUUUCUUUCUUUCUUUCUUUCUUUCUUUCUUUCUUUCUUUCUUUCUUUCUUGCUUUCAAUCUUAUUUGAUGUUUUUAAUCUUUUUUGUGUUCUUUGUUUUAUUUAUUUUAUUUCUUUCUUUCUUUCUUUCAACAUUUAUUUUAUUUCCUACGUACUAUUAUUUCCUUUUCUUUUCCUUCUUUUUUUUCAAAUUUUCUCUUGUGUUUCACCCUCUUUUGAUAUGUCUUUGUUUCUUUCGAAUUGCAUAUCUUAGCUUAUAUCUAUUGUUUCUGCUUUUCUUUCAAUCCCAUUCAAUCUUUUCUUUCUUUCUUUUUUUCAUUCUUUUUGUCUUUUCUUUCAUUCUUUCUUUCUUUCUUUUCUUUUCAACAUCUUUUCUUUCUUUCUUUCUUUCUUUCUUUCUUUUUUCUUUUCAACAUUUUUUUUUAUUUCUUUACAUUAUCAUUUCUUUUUUUUUCCUUUUUAGUUCUUCAUUCUUUCCUUCUUUUUUCAAAAUCUUCUUUCUUGUAUUUCUUUUCCUCCUUCAAUAUGUUUCUGCUUUUCUUUCAAUCCCAUUCUCUUAA